GAUGGGUGCAGCAAACUGUGAAGAUGAGGAUUUAGAAUUCAAGCUGAUCUUUGGAGAAGAAGAAAAAGACCCACCAGUUAUGGGGGUCCCCCUGGAAGACCUGGACACAGACAACCUCCCUGUCUAUUGUUCGCUCGCUCUUGGGGACCCUCCUCCUUAUGCUUCUCCUCUGAGCAUCCCAUGUCCGCUGCAUCUCGGUGGGGGCCGUGCUGGCAUGCAUUCUCCCCCUCCCCGCCCAGCCGACUUGGAUGGCGACACCUUUGAGAGUCAGCCGGCUCGACGCGUACGUCUAGGGAGUUCCCGGGUGCUGGAAUGCCCAAGCAUCCAGAUCACGACAAUUUCGCCGAGCCGACGGGGCGAGGAAGAUGAUUGGGACUCGUCGCCUCGUGACUAUCUCCUCCUGGAGGCCUUUGGGAACUACCGCGAGAUGGCUCCGUCUUCCGGGUUCUUCACGCCGAGUCCUGCCAGCAGUGGCAGCGUUUCCCCGUGGAGCUUCUUUUCGGAUGAUGAGGCUCCCGCUGGGGACGAUGUGGAGCACGAGCUGAAUGAGGCAGCAGCUCGUUUUGCCCUCAGCUCCCCCUUGGGUUCGCCAAGAGGCUCUCCCAAGCCAUGGUCCCCCGCCGAUGAGUCGUGGCCGGCCUAUGGCGCCAGCUACUCGCCAAGCCGGAGCACAGAGGAUGGCUGGAUGCUUCUGGGGCCCCGGCCAGCUUCCCCUUGCGGCAAGCGCCGCUAUUCUAGCUCUGAAACACACUCCUCGGCAUCCCCGUGUCUGUCCCGGAGGGGCAGCCUCGGCGAGGACACCCUGGGGGAGUCUGUGGAAGCAAGCAGUGAUGCAGCUCCCUUCAAUUGUACGGGAGCUCGGCUGGUGGAAAGCAUUCCCCAGAAAGCCCGGAAGACAUCAACUGAACAGACGGUGGCCCUUACCCGGAAGGAGGAGGGGAGCUGUAAUGGAGAGGAUGGGAGCAGUGGCAUCACAGGAGGCUUUGGACUUGGUACGACCCGAAAAGAAGGGAUGGAUUACCUCGCUGUGCCUUCUCCGUUGGCCUGGUCCAAGGCUCGUAUUGGAGGUCACAGUCCUGUAUUCAGGUCUUCUGCUCUCCCGCCUUUGGACUGGCCCCUCCCCAGUCAAUACGAACAGUUUGAACUGAAGAUCGAGGUGCAGCCGCGAACUCACCACCGGGCCCAUUACGAGACGGAGGGGAGCCGGGGUGCGGUGAAGGCUGCCCCAGGGGGACAUCCUGUGGUGAAGCUUUUAGGGUAUGAUGAGAAACCCCUUACCUUACAAAUGUUCAUCGGCACGGCGGAUGAGCGGAACCUGCGUCCCCAUGCCUUCUACCAGGUGCACCGUAUUACCGGCAAGAUGGUGGCUACCACGAGCUACGAAUCCAUCAUCAGUGGCACCAAGGUCCUCGAGAUGUCCCUGCUUCCCGAGAACAACAUGGCUGCCAACAUCGACUGUGCAGGGAUCUUGAAGCUGCGAAACUCAGACAUCGAGCUGCGCAAGGGCGAAACGGACAUCGGGCGCAAGAACACCCGGGUGCGCCUGGUCUUCCGUGUCCACAUUCCUCAAGGGAACGGCAAGGUGGUCUCCAUCCAGACGGCUUCUGUGCCCAUCGAGUGCUCCCAGCGCUCGGCUCAAGAGCUCCCCCAAGUGGAAAGCUACACCCUCAGUGCGUGCUCGGUGCAUGGUGGGGAAGAGCUGGUGAUCAGUGGUGCCAACUUCCUGCCUGAAUCCAAAGUUGUCUUCAUUGAACGAGGCCCCGAUGGAAAACUCCAGUGGGAAGAAGAGGCAAGUGUUAAUCGGUUGAAGAGCACGGAGGCCUCGCUGACCCUCACCGUUCCCGAAUACAGCAACAAGCGAGUGUCGCGGCCCGUUCAGACAUACUUCUAUGUUUCAAACGGGCGCCGGAAAAGGAGUCCAGCUCAGUCCUUCAAAUACUUACCUGUGAUCUUCAAGGAAGAACCGCUUCCGGAUUCUCCACACCGCAGUUUCCCGCACGUCUCUCAAAGUCCUCUCUUCCCACCGCCGUCAGCCCAGGGCACGAUGGAUUUCUCCCCUUCUGGGCCACCCUACCCAUAUGGCCCAGAACACUCCCCGCCCUGUUCCCCCUAUGGCCCUGAUUGGAGCCCUUGCUCAUUCCCUACCCCGCCGCCCCGCUACAGCCCCGCCUUCCGUUUCCCCGCCAACGAGGCCUACCGGGGCGUUAACCUUUCGGUGCCUCUCCUUGCUCCGGCGGGCCUCCCUCACCUUCAUGCUCUAGACUGCCGCCCACCCCAUUUCCAGCCUCCCAGCCCACAACUCGGCCCCCAACCGCCAGGGCGGGGAGAAACCCAUUGUGGAGAGAGGACUCAGGAAUGGACGGGCCGAGAGCUCGUGUCGGACGAGCACAGCACCAAGGAGCUGGAGAAACCGGGGUUUGGCAGUGGCUUCCGGGAUAACUUGCCCAUCCAUGGGAUCACGCUGGAGGAAGUAACCGAGAUCAUCGGCAGGGACUUGAGUGACUUCCCCGAACCAUCCUGCGAAGGGGGGCGGAGCUGAGAAAUUGCCACACCCCGGACGCUCAAAUCUUCAAGAGGACCGGAAGCUCAGC